AUGUUUAAGUGUAUUUUUAUUUCGAAAUUAAUUAGUAAUGAGAUAAAACUCGCAACACAAGUUCACAUCAAUAGCAAUAUAAUGAUAUUCAACACAAAUGAUGACUUUUCUGAUGAAACCAUAUUCGAACAAAUAUUCACUCACAACAUUGACACAAUGAAAGUACAAGGUGAAAUAUCAGAAACAAAAUACUUUUUGGGAAUUGAAUUCAUCAAAAAAGUUAAUAUUAAUACUGAUCACGUUGUGAUACUUUCAGAUUCACUAUUCUAUGCAUCAAGGAAUAUAGAAUCAGUAACUUUUACAAAUAAUAUUAUUGUUGGUCCAAAGUGUUUUGAACAAUCUACAAUAAGAAACAUAGAUUUCACAAAAAUAACGGAAAUAGGUGAAGAUGCAUUUAAAAACUGUUUUAAUAUAAAGAGUGCUAAUCUAAAAUCAUUGACAAGUAUAGGUAAUUCUGCAUUUGCUUCAAGUGGAUUAGAAUCUGUGAUCAUUCCUUCAACAAUAUCAAAAAUUCCUGAUCAUUGUUUCUAUCAAUGUCCAAAUCUAACAAAUGUUGAAUUCAAAGGUCCUGUUGAUAUUUAUCAAUAUGCAUUCGCAGAUUGUUUUCAAUUGUCAAAUGUUGUUCCUGGAUUUGAACAAAUUUCUCAUAUCAAACAUUAUGGAUUCAGAGGAUGUUCAAUUCAUAAAUUGAAAUUCAACGAUUGUGAACUUGGUGGUGGUGUUUUCCAAAAUUCACACGUCGAAAGUAUUGAUGCAACGAAUCUUAAGAUUGCAUCUAAAGAUUUCCGAGGUUGUCGAAAUCUUAUUUUUGUCAACAUCACAGGAACACUCGAAAUUAUUGAUGGACCUCCUCCAGAAGUUCCUUAUUACUAUCAAAAUAAUAUGGGACUUGUUGAAAUUUUUAAGUUUGAUUUUCCAAGGGCUUUCGCUUUCGAAGAUUGUGUUUCGUUACAAGAAUUCAAAGUAAAUGCAUGUCAACAAUUUGGAGAUUCAUGUUUCAGAAACUGUUUGAAACUAAAAGAAAUCAAAAUUGUUUCAGAAAUUCUUGGAUCUCAUUCAUUCAUGAACUGUAUUUCGUUGGAAACAGUUGACUUGCGAACAGUUACUCAGAUUGGUGAUGGAUGUUUUGGAGGAUAUGAAAAUCUUAAGAGUAUUAUUGGAUUAGAAACAUCAAGAGAAUACGGUGGCAAUGUUUUCAGUGACUGUCCAAAUUUAGUUAUUUCAGAAGUUGGAAAUGCUGGUUGGGAAAUGUUUUCAAUGUGUCAUUCAAUCACAAGUGUUGUAUUCAAAGGUACAGAAUUACAAAAUGGAGCUUUUAUGCAUUGUUUAAAUUUGGAAUCUUUUGAAUGCCAAAGUAAUAUUCAAUCUAUUCCAGAAAAGUGUUUUUAUGGAUGUGUCAAACUUAUUACUGUAAUAUUACCUCCAUCUGUUUCUAUGAUCGGCAAUUAUGCAUUUUUCAAUACAUCUCUUCGAAAUGGCUUUGCAUUUGAUAAUAUUCGAAUGGUUGGAGAUCUAUCUUUUGCAUACACUCACUUACAAACUGUUACAUUAUUUGAAAUUAGAUAUAUAUAUUGUUCCGUACCGAAAUGCAUCACUAGAAAAAGUGACAAAAAGUGGCACUUACUCUUAUUUUGCGCGGCAAUUUUUCUAAGUUAUUUUGUUAAGCUAAAUGUGUUAUAUAUCAAAUCAGCUUUAUAA